AGUACAAAAUCUCAUCCAGGCGGCUGGUUUAGUGCAGAGGGGAAAAUAUUUUGCUACAGGAUUUUUCUAGCAGACUACGGGGGAGAAACCGACAUUUGCGUCUGUGGCAGAUCGAACGAGUAUUUAUUAGGGAGAAAAAAAUAUAUAAUCUAUAAACACAAACUUCGAAUCUACAGAAUUUCGUCGAAGGGGAAACAAAAAAAAGAAAGAAGAAAAGACCAACCCUUUAAAAAAUAAAAUCAUGUCAACUUCAUUCCCAGGACUGGUCCACGAUUCAGAGAUACGUCACGACGGAUCAAACAGUUAUCGUUUGAUGCAACUCGGUUGUCUGGAGUCUGUGGCCAACUCGACUGUCGCUUAUUCUUCCACUUCUCCUCUAACUUACUCCACCACCGGCACCGACUUUACUUCUCCUUAUUUCUCUGCUAAUCAUCAAUAUAACCCCCUGCACCACCAGUCGUUCCACUAUGAGUUCCAGCACAGUCACCCAACUGUCAAUGCCGACGCCUAUUCCUUAAAUUCCCUCCAUCAUUCCCAGCAAUAUUACCAGCAGAUCCAUCAUGGGGAGCCCACCGAUUUUAUUAACCUUCACAACGCCAGGGCUCUCAAGUCUUCCUGCUUGGACGAUCAAAGAAGGGACUUUGGCUGCUUAGACGCAUAUCGCAGGCACGACUUGUCGCUCAUGAGCCAUGGCUCCCAGUAUGGCAUGCACCCAGACCAGAGACUCCUGCCAGGAUCAAGUUUGGGGCUUUCAGGUGCAGGAGGGGACGAUUUCCAGGGUUCGGUGGAGGCCCAGUGCGGAUUAGUUCUCAACAGUCAAGGCGGAGUGAUCAGGAGAGGUGGCACCUGUGUGGUUAACCCUACUGAUCUCUUCUGCUCUGUUCCUGGACGUCUAUCCCUUCUAAGCUCCACUUCAAAGUACAAAGUCACCAUAGCAGAAGUGAAGAGACGCCUUUCGCCUCCAGAAUGCCUCAAUGCGUCUCUUCUGGGGGGCAUACUGAGAAGAGCAAAAUCCAAAAAUGGGGGCCGCUGUUUGAGAGAGAAACUUGACAGACUGGGUUUAAAUUUACCCGCUGGAAGGAGAAAAGCUGCCAACGUCACUCUUUUGACUUCAUUGGUAGAAGGGGAAGCUUUGCAUUUGGCCAGAGAUUUCGGGUACACGUGUGAAACAGAAUUUCCAGCAAAGGCAGUGGGUGAGCACUUGGCCAGACAACACAUGGAGCAGAAAGAACAGACUGCAAGGAAGAAGAUGAUCCUAGCAACAAAGCAAAUUUGUAAAGAAUUCCAAGACCUUCUCAGCCAGGACAGAUCCCCCCUGGGAUCCUCUAGACCGACACCAAUUCUAGAUCUCGACAUUCAGAGGCAUUUAACGCAUUUCAGUCUGAUCACCCACGGCUUUGGAACGCCAGCCAUCUGCGCAGCCCUGAGCACCUUCCAGACUGUCCUGAGUGAGAUGUUGAACUACUUGGAAAAACAUACGUCGAAUAAAACAGGAGGGGUGUCAGAGGGGGGGCAGGGGGGCACAAACUCAGAAAAGGGACCUUUGCGCAAAUCUUCGGAGGUUCUGGUAAAAGACGCCAAAACAGAGAAGGCCGACUAACUCCUCCAAGCCCCCCAGAGAUUCCUGCUGCUGACAUUUUUUUUAUAUAUAACAUUAGGUGAAUAUAUUUUCAAAGGACCAAAUCCAACCUGCUUGACUUUGAACUGCAUUUGUAAAUUCUCCGCUCAAACGUCACCCCCCAGAUAUAACGACAUAUACACGGCAAGCCCUAUUGACUUUUCUGUCUUUCUUUUUUUUUUCUACUGUAAAUGACAUUUUCUGGGAGAAUUCUUCCUCGGAAAUCGCAAUGUUUUAUUUUGGAAUGUUGAUAUAUCGUUUUUUUGUUUUUUUUUAACAAAUGAUAAAUCAACUGUUUGGUACUGGAAAUGCGCAACUGAUUUAACCACCACACUGAUAGAUAAAAAUAAAAUUGUAAAAAUAAAA